CUUCCAGCAUAACUGAGAAAGUUCUUCCCUUCACUUUCUUUCUACGAUUCUCGUCAACCAAACAAGAACCGUUUCUGCAGUCUUCUGGAGAAUGCGAUCUGCACAUUACUGACGAAGUUUGAAGUCCUAGGGUUACUAAUGCAAUCUAGGAUGGCGUCGAUCUUAUUCAAGCUAGGGUUAUUCCUAUCCGUGCUUUGCCUUGUAUUUUCUCCUUCUCAAUCCGCGGUUAUGAGCAUAGAUCUAGGCUCCGAAUGGGUGAAAGUUGCGGUUGUGAACCUUAAACGCGGGCAGAGUCCUAUCACAGUUGCUAUCAACGAGAUGUCCAAGAGAAAAUCUCCAAACUUGGUUGCAUUUCAUUCCGGUGACCGCCUACUGGGCGAGGAAGCUGCUGGAUUGGUUGCUCGAUACCCGGAGAAAGUCUAUUCUCAAACAAGGGACUUGAUUGGAAAACCCUUCAAUUACAGCAAGAGUCUUUUAGAUUCAUUGUACUUACCAUUCGACAUUACAGAAGAUUCUAGGGCCACUGCCGCUUUCAAAAUUGAUGAUAGAGUGAGUACUUAUUCGGUGGAGGAACUAGUGGCCAUGAUUUUGGGUUAUGCUGCAAACUUAGCGGAGUUUCAUUCAAAAGUACCUGUAAAGGAUGCUGUAAUUUCAGUUCCUCCGUACUUUGGGCAAGCAGAGCGAAAGGGGUUACUCCGGGCGGCACAGUUGGCAGGGAUUAAUGUUCUUUCUUUGAUAAAUGAGCAUUCUGGUGCGGCAUUGCAGUAUGGGAUUGAUAAGGAUUUCUCAAAUGAGUCGAGGCAUGUAGUUUUCUAUGAUAUGGGCACCAGCAGUACCUAUGCUGCACUGGUUUAUUUCUCGGCUUAUAAUGCCAAGGAGUUUGGGAAGACUCUAUCAGUCAACCAAUUUCAGGUCAAGGAUGUCAGAUGGAACCCAGAACUUGGGGGUCAGAAUUUGGAAUUACGGUUGGUGGAGUAUUUUGCUGAUGAGUUCAAUAAACAAGUGGGGAAUGGGGUUGAUGUCAGAAAGUCUCCAAAAGCAAUGGCUAAGUUGAAGAAACAGGUCAAACGUACCAAGGAAAUUCUAAGUGCAAACACAAUGGCUCCUAUAUCUGUUGAAUCCCUUUAUGAUGAUCGAGACUUCAGGAGCACGAUAACUCGUGAAAAGUUUGAAGAGCUAUGUGAAGAUCUGUGGGAGAAGUCACUUUUACCUCUUAAAGAAGUUCUUAAGCAUUCUGGUUUAAAGUUAGAUGAGAUAUAUGCAGUGGAACUGAUAGGAGGAGCUACCAGAGUGCCAAAGUUGCAGGCUAAGCUUCAGGAAUAUCUUGGAAGGAAAGAGUUGGAUAGACAUCUGGAUGCUGAUGAAGCUAUAGUUCUUGGUGCAGCAUUGCAUGCUGCUAAUUUAAGUGAUGGAAUCAAACUGAACCGUAAGUUAGGGAUGAUUGAUGGUUCUUCCUAUGGGUUUGUGCUUGAGUUAGAUGGCCCUGAUCUUCUGAAAGAAGAUAGCACUAGGCAGUUACUCGUACAACGGAUGAAGAAACUCCCCAGCAAGAUGUUCAGAUCCUUUACCCAGAGCAAAGAUUUUGAAGUUUCUCUAGCGUAUGAAAGUGAAGAUACUUUACCCCCUGGUGUCACCUCUCCUUUAUUUGCUCAGUACUCUGUGUCCAGUUUGACAGAUACAAGUGAAAAGUAUGCAUCACGGAAUUUGUCUUCCCCCAUUAAAGCAAGUCUGCAUUUCUCUUUGAGUAGAAGUGGUGUUUUGUCACUGGAUCGUGCAGAUGCUGUUAUUGAAGUAACAGAAUGGGUAGAAGUUCCUAAGAAGAAUCUAACUGUGGAGAAUUCCACUAAUGUUGCCCCCAACAUAUCGGCUGAAACUGGUGCGAAGAACUCUUCAGAAGAAAGCAAUGACAAUACUGAAGAUGGUGGAAGUAGUAACACUAACAACUCUACUAUAGAAGGACAAGGUACUGCGGAUCUUGGUAUUGAAAGAAAGCUGAAAAAGCGGACCUUUAGGAUUCCACUGAAGAUUGUUGAGAAAACAGUUGGACCCGCAAUGUCUCCUUCAAAAGAAUCUCUUGCUGAAGCAAAACGUAAGUUAGAAGAAUUAGACAAGAAGGAUACAGAGCGGAGGAGAACUGCAGAGUUGAAGAAUAACUUGGAAGGAUACAUAUACGCUACUAAAGAAAAGCUUGAAACAUCCGAGGAAUUUGAAAAGAUUUCAACUAGCGAGGAACGCCAAUCCUUUAUUGGAAAGCUCGACGAGGUACAAGAAUGGCUCUACAUGGAUGGUGAAGAUGCUACCGCUUCUGAGUUUCAGGAACGCCUAGAUUUGCUAAAAACUACUGGUGAUCCAAUAUUCUUCAGAUUCAAAGAGCUUACUGCACGGCCAGAAGCAGUGGAAUACGCUCGUAAGUACCUUGUUGAGCUGCAACAGAUUGUACGUGGCUGGGAGUUGAACAAACCCUGGAUUCCGAAAGAUCGAAUAAAUGAGGUUUUAAGUGAUGCUGAUAAGUUGAAGACUUGGUUGGACGAGAAGGAGGCUGAGCAGAAAAAGUAAGCUAUCGUCAUUGCU